AGGUGGGGCUGCGAGUGUCUGCAUUCUGGAGUGCGUAUAAGGGGUAGGGGGCAAGUGUCACCUGUCACCUUGAGGCAGGUGGCGGCGGGAUGGCGACAGCCUCUGGGUCCUCAGACUUGGCCGGCUCCGGAGCGCCCCCGCCUGGCGGGGAAGUCCAGGCAGCGACAGCUGAGGAGGAGGAGCGAGAGGUGGUACGGGUCCGAGUCAAGAAAUGUGAGAGCUUCUUGCCACCUGAGUUCCGCUCUUUCGCUGUAGACCCCCAGAUCACCUCCCUUGAUGUGUUGCAGCACAUCCUCAUCCGAGCGUUUGAUUUGAACGGGAAGAAGAACUUUGGCAUCAGCUACCUGGGCCGGGAUCGGCUGGGCCAGGAAACUUACCUCUCACUCCUGUCUGACUGGGACCUCAGCACAGCCUUCGCUGCUGCCUCCAAACCAUACCUGCAGCUGCGUGUAGAUAUCCGGCCCACUGAGGACAAAAGACCACUCUGGCAGCUGUUGGGUGAGAGUGGAGAGGGACAAAGAGGAAGCAGGGACUGGUUAGGAGCAACUUCAGGCCCGCUGCUGGAAGACUGGGACAUAAUCAGCCCCAAGGAUGUCAUUGGCUCUGACGUGCUGCUGGCUGAGAAACGGUCAUCGCUGACAACAGCUGCCCUGCCCUUCACACAAUCCAUCCUCUCUCAGGUGGGCCGCACUUUGUCUAAGGUCCAGCAGGUGCUGAGCUGGUCAUAUGGGGAGGAUGUCAAGCCCUUCAAGCCACCCCUGAGCGAUGCUGAGUUCCACACAUAUCUGAACCAUGAAGGCCAGCUCUCCCGCCCUGAGGAGUUGCGCCUGCGAAUCUAUCAUGGUGGUGUUGAGCCCUCCCUGCGAAAGGUGGUGUGGCGGUACCUGCUGAAUGUGUACCCAGAUGGGCUGACAGGACGUGAGCGAAUGGACUACAUGAAACGCAAGAGUCGUGAAUAUGAGCAGCUCAAGAGUGAGUGGGCACAGCGAGCGAGUCCCGAAGACUUGGAAUUCAUUCGUAGCACAGUCCUCAAGGAUGUGCUACGUACUGACCGGGCCCAUCCCUACUAUGCCGGGCCUGAGGAUGGCCCACACCUGCGGGCACUGCACGACCUGCUCACCACCUAUGCCGUUACCCACCCACAGGUGUCCUACUGCCAGGGCAUGAGCGACCUUGCCUCGCCCAUCCUCGCCGUCAUGGACCACGAAGGCCAUGCUUUCGUCUGCUUUUGUGGCAUCAUGAAGCGCCUGGCCGCGAACUUCCAUCCUGAUGGCCGUGCCAUGGCCACCAAAUUCGCCCACCUCAAGCUGCUGCUGCGACAUGCUGACCCUGACUUCUACCAGUAUCUGCAAGAAGCUGGUGCUGAUGACCUCUUCUUCUGUUACCGCUGGCUGCUGCUCGAGCUCAAGCGUGAGUUCGCCUUUGACGAUGCCCUCCGCAUGCUUGAGGUCACCUGGAGUUCACUGCCCCCCGAUCCUCCUGAACAUGAGGUAGAGCUCGUCGGACCCCCCAACCAAGUGGCAGACACUGGCUUUGGUGGUCACAGAGGGCGGCCCGUGCGACAGAGACACAUGUUGAGGCCUGCAGGUGGGAGAAGCAGUGCUUUUGAAGAUGCUGUUGCCCACUUGGCUAUGACCAGCCAGAGGCCUGGUGGUGGGGGACGUCUCCUGAGACAAGCCAGUCUGGAUGAACUCCAGCAACUCAGGGAUAACACGGGCCCCAGGCGGGGCCCUCUGGUCCAGCUGCACCAUCCAACUGCCCUCAUCAGUUCCAAAUCCCUCUCUGAGCCCUUGCUGAACUCCUCAGACCCACUGCUCUCCUCAUCUUCCCGCCCAGAUUCCCCAUCCUCCUCAUCUCCACCAUCCUCCCAGGAGGCCUCUCCCGCUGGUGACGUGGCUGCAGGAUCCCCCUUGAUGCCAGAAGUGGGCUCCCGGAAAGACCCUGGGAAGUCCCUGCCACCCCCACACCCAUUGGGCCUGCCCCCACCCCAGGAAUUUGGCCGGGGAAACCCAUUCAUGCUCUUCCUCUGCCUUGCCAUCCUGCUGGAGCACCGUGACCACAUCAUGCGCAAUGGGCUGGAUUACAACGAGCUGGCCAUGCACUUUGACCGCCUCGUGCGAAAACACCACCUGGGGCGUGUCCUACGCCGGGCCAAGGCUCUCUUUGCUGAUUACCUGCAGUCAGAGGUGUGGGAUUCAGAAGAGGGGGCUGAGGCCACAGCCCCAUCUUAAUCAGGCUCCCUCCAGCCCAUCAGCCCCACCAGAUCACCAGUCUUCACUAUGAGGGCCUCCACCUGAGACCCCACCUCCCUGCCUGCCAGCCCUAGCCCUGUCAGAGCAUUGGGCCCUCUCUCUGCAGGUCUGAGAGUGUGGGGCUCUGCUUUGGCACUGUCUCAUGGAGGCCACGGCCUCUUUUCUGUUUUUGUUUCUUCGUUUUUAACAACUGUACUUUGCACACAUGAA